AUGACAGGUGUUACACACACUGAAAUAACACAACAAGCAUUUAUCCGUAGUCUCGCACGUUACUUUAUCGAUACACAUUCCAUUCGACAUCAAGAGAUUAAUAAAAAUCAAGAAUAUACUAUUGAUGAACUCUAUCGUCUGGCAUAUCCUCAUUGGACUACGAAUCAAUUACAACAGCGAACGUAUCCGUUGAAAUCUAUUCUUGAUACGAUUCUGGCAGAGAACGGCUUGGUCGAUUUUGAUGCUUGGACGAAAAAAUUACCAGCAGCCCAUUUCGAUAGUGAAGCAUUUAGCAAUGGAAGUCGACGCAUUCUUCAAUUACGACGACAAAUCAUUAAUGAUGCACGUGCAAAACAUAAAAAUUUGACUGAAGCUCGUAAACGUCUCGGACAACUGUUACAUACCUUACAAGACUUUUAUUCACAUUCGAACUGGAUCGAGUUAGGCAAAGUGAGUAUUAACGAUCGGUUAGGCAUUGACGACAAUAUUGGACGGGUCGCUGCACCCAAUCAAUCGACUUGUACUAGCAGUGGUUGUUUAAAAAUUCGAGUACGAUGUAGUUUCUAUCAAAAAAUCACAUUGAAUAGAUGUCCAUUGGAAUAUUACGAAUGUAAAAAUAAUAUUCGACCAGAAAUUAUUGCUCAAGGUCUACUAACAAGUGGUUAUUCGAGUAAUCAACAUAAUGAAAAUAAUGAUCCAGUUACCAAACCAAUCAAUGUCGAAAAAUGUUCACAUGGUUCAGUGAUGGAUAUUACCUCGCAUCAGCCAGCCAUUGGCGGAAUCAAUAAAGAUACAACCAUUCCAAUAUAUUCACCCCGUUUCGAUCUUCACUACGAAGCGGCCAAUCUAGCAGUGAUUGCUACCGAGAAAUUUUUCAAUGAUCUUCGUCAUGAUUUGGGCAAUGAUAAUUUCGAUCAUCUGUUUGCCAUUCAUCCAACGGUUAAAGAAUUGCAUGCAGCAUCGAAAGCCAUUGCUCACAUGCGAAAAUGGCAAUUCUUCUCCCCAGCCAUUUCCAGUGGUUUGAGUUGGCAAGUUGCAGCAGAUGGAAACACAGCCGGAUCCAUGUACCCAGAUCAAAGCUUGUAUCCAUCAAAUUCGGGACCGGAACUGACCCGCCGGAUCAACAGAACUUUGGAACGAGCUGCGCAAAUUGAACAAUCUGAAGGUGGAACGAAGCGCGAUUGGUUUGCUCCAAUCGUUGCCGAUGCGGAAGCUGGAUUUGGAGGUCCUUUAAAUUGUUUUGAAAUUAUGAAAGCCUAUAUUGAAGCCGGAGCUGCUGGAGUUCAUUUCGAAGAUCAAUUGGCUUCGGAGAAAAAAUGCGGGCAUAUGGGCGGAAAGGUAUUGAUCCCAAACAGUGCCCAUUUACGAAAUUUGAAUGCGGCUCGUUUGGCAGCGGAUGUUUACGGAGUGCCAAGCAUAAUCGUCGAACUCGGAGCCAUGGGCUACAAAUUUCAAUUCAUUACACUGGCAGGAUUUCAUUCGGUGAACUUUGGAAUGUUCGAACUUGCUCGAAAGUACAAGGACCGUGGAAUGGCCGCCUAUUCAGAACUUCAACAGGCCGAAUUUGAUGCUGAAAAAAAUGGAUACACGGCUGUUCGACACCAGCGGGAAGUUGGAACCGGAUAUUUCGAUUUAGUGACUAUGGCUGUUGCAGGUAAAGAAAUUGAAGGAAUGAGAACUAUAGAGAAUUUAUCUGAUCGAGUACAAGAUGAUAGGGGGCGUGGAGAUAAAAUUCGUGAAGUCACUGAAGGUCAUGAUGGAACUUGGGUCGCUCACCCGGGUCUCGUCAGUGUGGCCGCGGAUGCUUUCAGUGAUGUGCUGGGCACAAAAGCGAACCAGGUGGACCGCCAAAGACCUGAUGUAAAUCCAUCUGCAGCAGAUUUGAUCCAGUUUCCGACUGGGGAACGAACAGAAGUUGGACUUCGGCAUAAUAUCAAUGUCACGUUGGGCUAUUUGGAAUCCUGGCUACGUGGAACAGGUAAGUUAAUCAUUUUUCAAAACUAA